CCCAAUACGGAAGCGGCGGGGUGCUCCGGACCCGACGGCCGCUGGGUCCAGGAUAUGGGGCAUUCUUGGGUGGCGGGGAGCGUCGAGGGGGCGCCCGCGCGGCUGCCCCUCGUGCUCACUGCGCUGUGGGCCGCGGCCGUGGGCCUGGAGUUGGCCUACGUGCUGGUGCUGGGCCCCGGGCCGCCCCCUCUCGGACCCCCGGCUCGGGCUUUUCAGCUGGCGCUGGCCGCCUUUCAACUACUCAACCUGCUGGGCAACGUGGGGCUCUUCCUGCGCUCGGAUCCCAGCAUCCGGGGCGUGAUGCUGGCCGGUCGCGGGCUGGGCCAGGGCUGGGCUUACUGCUACCAGUGUCAAAGCCAAGUGCCACCACGAAGUGGGCAUUGCUCUGCCUGCAGGAUCUGUAUCCUUCGUCGGGACCACCACUGCCGCCUGCUGGGCCACUGCGUGGGCUUCCACAACUACCGGCCCUUCUUGUGCCUGCUGCUCCAUGCUGCUGGUGUCCUGCUGCACGUCUCUGUGCUGCUGGGCCCUGCCCUGUCUGCCCUGCUGCGAGCCCACACGCCCCUGCAUACCGCUGCCCUCCUCCUGCUGCCCUGGCUCAUGCUGCUUACAGGCAGAGUGUCUCUGGCCCAGUUCGCCCUGGCCUUCGUGACUGACACGUGUGUGGCUGGUGCGCUAUUGUGUGGGGCUGGGCUGCUCUUCCACGGGAUGCUGCUGCUGCGAGGCCAGACUACGUGGGAGUGGGCUCGGGGCCAGCACUCCUAUGACCUGGGCCCCUGGCACAACCUUCAGGCAGCCCUAGGGUCCCGCUGGGCCCUCGUCUGGCUCUGGCCUUUCCUGGCCUCCCCGUUACCCGGGGAUGGGGUCACCUUCCAGACCAGAGCUGAUGUGGGACUCACGACUUCUUGACUCCAGAAAGAACCAGAGCUGUUGAGGGAGUGGGUAUGGGGAGCAGGAGAGCGGGCUCCUGACUCACUUCAGGGCUAAGGUUGGUACUGAAUGCCUGCUUCUGGCAACACAAGCCCUGUCUUUGGCCUUAGCUCUGCCCAGCAUGGACUCCUGGUGUCCAGGGCUUGGGCCUGUGACUUUGCCUCUGUUGAUGGCCCCCAAGGACAGUUGGAAGGUCUGGCAAGGGGCUGCUCUGCCAGCCUGCCUGCCCCUUUGCCAGGUUAAUAAAGCACCCACUUGGCUCUUGGCCUCCCUCCAUCUUUGUGGGUUUCUCAUCCCUCACUGUUCCCCAGCCUGCUGUUUCUGGUUCCUGUUGAGCAGCCUGGGAGGCACAGAAUGCCUGAGGGCAUGGGGAGCCACAGCUCUGCCUCCUGUGGCCUUGGCAGGGUGGGGGAGAGGCACCAGCAGACCAAGGCAGCAUGUAGUGGCCCAGGGUACGAAAGUCCGCAGUUCUUUCCCAGGUCAGUGCUUUAUAGUUAGAAGCAUUUCCACCAUUGCCCUGAACCUCUCUCUAGCUAACCCAGUACAUGGGGCUGCAAUUACGUAUGGGAAAACCCGAAGCCCUGACAGUUGAUGCGAUAAUAUCGUGGGGUAGUAAAUGGAGCAGGCAGAAUUUGAACUCAGAUCUUUCUGCUUUCUCCUUCAUCCUUGCCAGUCAAAGGAAGUGAGUAGGAAAAAUCAAGGCAGAGAAAUCAGUUGUGGGUGUUCAAGCAUCCAUGAAGGAAGGUGCUUGGAGGGCUAAGCUCCUCCUCUCUGGACUCUUUAGGAGUUACUGGCUAAACAUUCUUAUUUAAAUAUAGUAAACAGACUUCCAGUUAAAUGUGGCAGGUUUAAACCCAUGGUUUUAUCUGUUCUUCUUAAAAUCUAAAAUGGUAAAAUAAAUAAAUAAAGAUAUAAAUUUACAAGGAGAAAGUGACGUUUUGAAAGAUGGGAAGUGGAUAGAGGCUCAUUUACUCUCUUAGCAGAGAAUUUGAAGUUGAAAUUAAGCACUGCCAGAGGCGGGGCCAAGGGGCAGCCAGACUCCCGCAGAGCCCUGGAGAGACUGAGGACCUCCACCAGCUCCGUGAAGGCAGGGAUCGGGCUGACAGCAGGGACCCGUCCAAAGCGGCUUUGGGUCUCAGGGGCACUGGGGUGGGUUGGGGUGAGGGGCUGGACUAAAAUAGGCUUACAUGAGUCUGCAGAUGCUGCGGGGGGCCCUCCAGGAACACGACAGGCUUGCUGGCCCCCAAGGGCCCUCAGAGAAGCCCACCCUUCCUACGGGCCCUGCCCAUGCUCACCAUCAUUUGAGCUGCUAGGACUUCGCUAUUCCAGAAGGCAGGCUCUGUUUCCGAACUCCCAGAACCCCAGGAACGGGCGCUUCGAGCUGUACUUCAGCAUCGGCCGACUUCCUCUUCCUUCGGUGCUUUAUCCCUCGCCCUCCAGAAUCUCUUUCUUUUAUUAAAUAGUGAGGACAGGCAAGAAAGCAUUUAUAAAAUAAAGAGAAACCACCUCCUCCCCAUCCCCAAUUAAGAAACGAUACCACUUCCGUCGCAGUCCGUGCUGCGCCCGCCCCGGUAGAGGGAACGCUGUGCUCCGGUGAUUAUUCCCUUGCUCUGCUUCAUAAUUUUAUUAUAUAUGUUUGUAUUGGUUUUGCAUGUUUUUAAAUUUUAUGUAAGUGGAAUCAUACCAUGUUUAUUCUUCUGUGACUUGCCUUUUCACUCACUGUUUCUGAGAUUUAUCCAAAUUAGCACGUGCAGCUGUAGGGCUCUCCUUUUCCUAGCUGUGUAGGGAUCCACUGAAUAUAUCACAACUUUUUUCUGUUUUGUCCCACUGGUCAUUUUAUCUACCCACGCGUAUGCGUCCAUGGGAUUAUAUCCUUGACCCGUGCUCUUCCAUAUACAUUUUAGAAUCAGCUCGUCAAGUUCCACCAAGCUCUAUUCAACAAAAACCCCUUUGAGUUGUGACUAGAACCCCCUUGAGUCUACAGUUUGGGGAAAAUCAACAUCUACAUGGAAUUGAAUUUUCCUGUUCAUGAACAUGGUGUAUCUUUCCAUUUAAUGUUUUCAAUAAAUUUAUAUACUUUUCUCA